UUUGUUUCGAGGGCUGCCCCGCCAAAAGUCGCGAGAAACACCCCACUGUGAUCACUUCACUUGUCGGUUCGAGGUGAUAUAUCAGCGGGAGUUCAGCAUCUUGUCAUUUCUUAGACGGAGGCUUAACAGCGACAAAUGACGAGCUGCAGUAUCGUACAAACGAAUCAAAAAUUUUCCGACUACACAAACGGCCUCCUUCGGUUAAGAUCUUCACAGCAGCCUGCCAACGAGCCAACCUACUGGUACCUGUGAGGAUCAGAGGAUCUUCACUCCCCCCCUGCUGCUAUCAGAGCCUCAGAACAAUUCUUCUGCAAAGGGACAGACGUCUGAUCGUCACAUCGCAUCGGAACCACAAUCACUCAAUUCACCCCCAACCUUCAACGUCUUCUCAUCAACACAUUCAAAUCACACCGCACCAAACUCACCAUCACCAUCAACAAAAUUCACCUGCUUAGGCACUUACCUACGCAACGUAUCGACGCUUGCCGAUCCAAACCAAAACUAAAAAUCCAGCCCAACCUACACUAUCCAAACCCAAACGAAAAAGAAGAGAAAAUGGCUCUAACAGCCCGCCUCUCCUUUAUAAACACCACCCAGAACGAGUCCUCAGAUGACCCGGAAGACCUCUUCGCCGGCUCCCUCGGCGUCAUCUUCACCGACGACGUGACCAAUCAGCACGGCGACGCCUCCACCGCCCUCCAUUACACGUCCCCGCACCUGUCCAAGCCGCUGCGGAUCGAGUUGUCCGACCCCAAGAUCGCCGAAGACCGCUCGCUGUUCAGCCACUUCCUCUGGAACGCCUCCCUGCUCCUGGCGGAGCUGAUCGAGGCCGGCACGCUGGGUUUGAAGGCGGGAGAGGACACGACCGGCGCAGGCGCGGGGACGGUUGAUGUAGGGAAAAGGGUGGCGGUGCCGCCGCUGACGGACUUUGACAUUCGCGGCCGAUCGACGAUCGAGAUGGGAGCUGGAACAGGGUUGCCGAGCCUCAUGGCUGCGCUGCUGGGAGCGAAGAGGGUGCUGGUGACGGACUACCCGGCGCCGGUGGUGAUUGAGAAUUUGAGAAAGAAUGUCGAGCUGAACCUGAAGGAUCAGAAAGGUGCAAGGGGCGUCGAGGUCGCGGUCGAGGGACACGGGUGGGGCGACCUGGAGACGCCGCUGGCGCUGGAGAACAAGGGCGCGUUCGACCGCGUCUUGUGCGCCGACUGCCUGUGGAUGCCGUGGCAGCACGAGAACCUGCGGCGGUCGAUCGCCUGGUUCCUGAGCGAAGAAGACCCAGGCGCGCGAGCGUGGGUCGUGGGCGGCUAUCACACCGGCCGGGAGAAGAUGCGGGGGUUCUUUGACGCGGAGAAGCUGAGGGAGGUCGGGCUCGAGGUGGAGAGGCUGUGGGAAAGGGACUGCGACGGGAAUGACCGGGAGUGGGCGUGGGAUCGUGGGGCAGAGGAUCUGGAUAUUACGGGUCGGAAAAGGUGGUUGGCUGUUUCCGUGCUGAGGAGGAUACGGAAGGAUGUGGAUGACGGCAAGGCUGAGAGGUGAACAGAGGGAGGUGACAUGGACGGUUGACAGGGCUUUGACUGGGACGUCAAUGGUCAUCUCGGUGUUGCUUGGGAUGCAACUGACGAUAUGGGGACAGCCAAGUGAUGACAUAUGACAAGAUUACGCACGGGGCACGGCGCAUGUGAAUCGAUAUUGAGCACGCAAAAGGGUUUCGCAAACCGACCCUGACAAAGUUUUCUUUCCCUUCGAAAAAUUCCAUGGUCCCUCCAACAAUCGACCUUGGCUCCCCAUUGUGUCAUCCACUAAGUCCGGGUGCCUCCAAUUACGUCCAUUCAACGACCUGGAACGGCGGGUAAGGGGGUGAUGAUGUCGGCGGUCAGGUCAUCGGUCAGGGUGACGGUACAUGAGCCUGAGGUACCGACUUAGGCGGGUGAGCCAGGCAUGCAGAUAUCGGGAUCAAGCAUGGGCCAGAAAAUGAGGUUAUUCACAAACCACAGGUACUGGCGAAGGUGUCGUUACGGCCCUCUUUUCCAACUCGUCCACCCUAUUGGAGCGAUUUGAGCUUGAGUCGUAGAGGCCCUGGACCCUGUUUGAUGAUGCAGCCCAGCCCGGUUUCUGCCAGGAACUGACACGGGUAGUUACUUAGCUCAUCCGGGUCCUGACAAGCUGCACCGCGUGGUAUCCAAGUUUAUCGUGGGCUCCAAGGUCAACAACUGCUCCCUUCUCGUUUCGGUGACCUCCUCCAAAUAGCCUCGCUCUUCUCGGCUUUACCUACCCGAAAGCCAGUCUCUGUUGGACUAUUUGUUUAGCGCAUCGACGGAAUGGUUAAGCCCUAGCAAGCUUGGCAUGUCGGGCCGCAUGCGGAAAGCCCCAUCGUCAACGGCUUGUCUUGCGAGGCCAACUUCUGAAGGUGCGAAUCCCCUCAUUUGUCCCUCUCGACCAUCUCUUCGCUGCAUCGUCCUCGAGUAUAUCCCCCCGCCCGAACAGGCGAACCAGGCAGCCCUGCGAAUACCGGAGCUUAUUCUCCGCCCCUCCACCCGUUAUGGUUUGCCACAAUGCGUGACAUUGCAGGAAAUAUGAAGUUAUUC